CCUCCUGGAUCACGUUUGCGCCAUGGUGGUGUUUGUUCAAGUCGCACAUGCUUAGAGAAGUUUGUAAACAGAUGCGUUUGAAAAAUGGUAAAAUGCGCAGUGCAAGGGUGCCCAAAUAGACCGGGUGGUGGAGUAGUCAGGGGUAAAGCGAGCAAAAGGUUUUUCAGCUUUCCGCAGGACCCUGCAAGGGUAAAAGUCUGGCUUGCUGCGCUGCGGGAGAUAGACAGAGAUCCCUCCGAGUUCAGUGAAAUAUGCGAGGACCACUUUCUUCCCGAGCACAUCAUGCCACAUGGGAUAAGGGAAGAUGCCAUUCCCUUGGCACCAUACUUGGAAGGACCUGUAGGCGCCAGCGAUAGCGAAAGUGACCAGGAGGAAAGACCCAGAGAAACCGUCUCUGAAAGACCCCCUUUGACGUCUGCACCGGUGGACUUGCAUGAUGACGGGAGAGGAAUGGAAGAGGAAGAUGCCGGUGGUGAUGACGACGAUGAUGAUGAGGAGGACGACGAUGAAGAAGAUGAUGAAGACGACGAUGAUGAUGAUGAGGAGGAGGAAGGUGAUGAUGAUGACGCUGUGUUUCAAGUGAAUCGAGCAGAGGAUGUGCGGAAACAAGACCCACUUUUCAUGAGCUUCUCAGAAACAACUCCGUCCCAGAAAAAUACCGGAGAGGGAGAAAGCACGCGCUACGACGUGUCUCUGAGUAGACUGACGCACCUGUUCAUGCGUCUGCUGAGCGCCUCUCCCGACGGCGUCCUGGACCUGAACGACGCGGCGCGCCACCUGGGCACGCGCAAGCGCCGCGUCUACGACAUCACCAACGUGCUGGACGGAAUCAACCUGGUCGAGAAGAAGUCUACCAGCAAGAUCCACUGGGUGAGCAGCACCCCCAUCAGUGCCUUCAGUGGUAUGUUCCAGGCCAAGCUGAGGGAGGAGGUGGAGCAGCUGAAGAGCAUGGAGGAGGCGCUGGACCGACUCAUCAAGGAGUGCUCACGAAACCUCUUCGACCUCACCGACAACAAGGACUGCACACAGGAUGCGUAUGUGACCCAUGAGGACCUGUUCCACAUCCAGGCCUUCCAGGAUCAGACCCUCAUCGCCAUCCGCGCCCCAGAGGAGACCAAACUGGACGUGCCCACUCCCAAGAAGGAGCGAAUCAGCAUGCAUCUGAAGGGCACGCGAGGACCAAUCCACGUGCUGACGUGUGAAAUGACCCCACCCACUGCCAAUUUGGCCACACCCACACCAGGGAGGGAGAAGGCGGCUGGAUUUCUGACGCUGGAAGAAAGUCGGAUCAAGACGACUGCCAAAGCAGGCUCUUCAUCUCUCCCAGCUCCUGUCCAGAGUGCCUGACGACCGCCUUCAGACCACAGUGGCAAACGCGAUACGACAGAACACAACACAACACAACACAACGCACUGUGCUGACACACUUUAGCGAAGCAGCAACACCACAGUUUUUGGAACUUCUGCUUCAACGAUACAGGAAAUGCUCCGCCUGGGGCCUGGGCACGGGCAAGAGGCUGGGAGUGGGGUGAGGGUCUCUCCUGGAGCACAUGAGGUUUACCUGAAAGGGCAGGGCAGGGCAGGUUAUGGGUGGCCACCUGGCUCUCCUUGUUUAUUUCCGAGCGGUAAGUUGCUCAUUGAGCGACCUCUGAUGGAAAGCUACUGGCUUUUUUUGAAAGCACGAUCAGGGAUGGCCAAUCUGGAUUAAUUAUAUUUACAAUCCAGUGCCACAUGUUCCAAAUUGCAAGGUUUUAACCUGUCCAAUUCAACCAGCUCACAAUCACCUGACAUUUGAGUCUCUUUUCCACUGCCGGUUUUCUGGUAGGCCUUCAGCUAGACACAGCGCGACUCAGACGCUACUUUUUCCUUUCCGAUUGGGCACGACACGGCUCAAAUCCGGCAGUGGAAAAGAGCCUUUGGACCAUGUGGCACAGGAUUGUACAGUGUACUGUACACUAAUUAAUCCAUUUUGCCCAUUACUGGGCACGACAUGUUAGUUACUUCAUUUCCAUUUGUAUUGAAGCUCACUGGCUGUAUUGCGUGGGGAAGUUAGAAUGCUUCAAGUUUUGGCGCAGGACGCGCUCAACUUCUUGGAAAAAACAAAAGUCUUUGGGUGCACGAUAAAAUGUAUCAACUUAAGGAAGAAAAAUCCGCACUCACAAACUGCAUCUCAUUAUUUAUUUAUAUUACCACCAUGUCCAAAAAGUGGUACCACGCACUGAUGAAGGCUUGAUAGCCGAAACGCGUUUGCUUUUUGGACAUGGUGGUAAUAUAAAUAAAUAAUGAGACGCAGUUUGUGAGUGCGGAUUUUUCUUCCUGAAGUUAGAAUGCUGUCAUGACUGUCGUGUCUUCUCAGGCAAUAUGGUCAGUGUCACUGUUGUCAUCUUGGUGAGAAUGAGUUGCCAAGAUGUUGAUGUGAGGUGUGGCUAUACUGUAGGUUGAUGUAACCACGUCAUGAGUGGCAUGCAAGUUAUCUGAUGUUCAGACUUACCGUAGACAUGUGUCAUUCAUUAUGUUUGAAAAUUAUGCAUUACAUGAUUCAUUAAAAGCAUUAAUUUAGUGUAAAAAACAAUUAUGAUUCUCAAUAUUAACGUAGGAAUUCAAAUGUACAUGCUAACAUUUGGGCCUAUAAUCUGGAACAAAGGAAAACGUGACCAGCAAUUAUGUAAUAAUUAUGAACCGUACUUGAUUUUUUUUUUCUCUUCUUUACUACUUUGGCACAUUCCUUUUUUCUGUCGUCUGUCCUUUGUUCUUUGUGUUGUAAUUUUUUUCUGACUUAAUAAAUACCAAAUAAUGUUUAUACACCUAAAUGAGUUCACCUGUUUGUCUGACUUGUAUGGGGAGGCUUUUGUGUAUUGUAUUUUUUAGGGCUGAUAGUAUUCAGGCUCCAUGCCUGAUUACAGGCUUGACAGAGUUUGCAAAAAUAAAAACAUUGAUAAUAAUUAGCCAUUAGGUUAUUCUUAUCUCAGAAAGUGUUACAGGUUCAGGGUUUUCUUCUACUAUCAGGCUUGAAUAAUGGUCAUACACAGGCAGUCAUACACAGUUUGAAUAAUGUGCCAAAAUAGGCCUACGUUACGUCACUAUGCAGUAUCUUGUCGUCGUCGUUAGAGCAGGGGAAAAAGUUCAGGCUCAGGAUUUUUGUUCACCAUCACCCCUGAUUUUCUCAUGUGUUAUUGGCUGUGCUCUUGAAAUUGGCCCACUGUUGAACUGAUAUGCUUUAACUAGGGAUGCAAAUGAUUAAUCGAUUAAUCAACUUAAAUCGAUGAAUGUGUUAAUCGAUUAAAAAACAUUAAUCACAAUGAAUCGCCAAUUCAACUGACAAGAGACCCAGGUGAAAUGUACAUUUGAAGAGUGUGUGAAUAGUGGGAACAUUUGAAUCACCU